AAAUUCGUUCGAGGGUCUGAAUGUGUGUGUUGGCGUCUGUCUGUCUUUCUUUAAAAUUUCUCCGCCGUAGAACGAAUGUCGGAGCUUCGAACGCUGAAACCGCGCCUUAUUUAAACCCAAUUCCCACCAUUAAUCUCCCUCGUCCUUCCUCAUUCUUCUCUCCUCUUCACCUUCUUCUUUUGAAUCUCUCUCAAUUGACAGAGGGAGAGAGAGGGAUCGGAGGUGGGAAUUGCUGUUCGAGGAUUUGAGAUUGAGCCAUGGGAGGCUGUGCAAGCAGGCCAAAAGGUUUCAGGGCUGAAGUUGAGAAAGCUGCAGCGCCUGAGCCGGCGCCGGCCAAGGAGGAGCCUUGUACGGCCUCCGAAGCGAAGAUCGAAGGAGAAGUUAAGGAGAUCGAGGCAGCGGUGAAGGUGAACGAGGAAGCAGCUAAGACCGGAGGUUUAGCUGAGGAGGGCAAGGUGAAGGGCGAGAAUGUUGAGGUCGACGAACACGGUAACAAGCGCCGAUCUCUCAGCACCUUGUUCAAGGAGAAUGAAGAAGAGUCAGAAUCAACUGGCAGUUCUGAAACAACCCAAACAGAAAAUGUCCCUUUGGAUACAGUACUGAAAGAAAAAGAAGAUCCAAAGACAGAGGAAACCAUCACCAAUGUUCUGGAAGCUGAAAAGGCCAAAAGCCCAGUCAAGGAGGACACUGCCGCAAUUGUCAUUACAUCUGAGACAGUCCAAACAGAGAAACCAACUGAGUCUGUACUAGUAGUGGAGACUGUAAGUACUGAUGAAAAGAAAAAAGAAAAAGAGGUUGCCACCAAGGAUGCCAAAGUAACAGAGACAGCUUCAGCAGAUGACAUUAAAGGAGAGCAACCUGUUUCGUUGGAAUCAUCUGUGAAGGUAGUUGCUGGAGAAGUUGCAGAAACAAAGUAAAAAUGGAAACUGGGAGGAACUGGUGCAAAUAGUUAUUCUAAGGAUUUGUUUCUUCCUAUUGUUUCUGCAAUAUAGGAAGUUGCUCUAUCUGUGCUUUUCUCUCUAUUCAUUCAUUCAAGUUCCUUUUCCUUUCUGGGCAUGUCUCAUUUUAUUUAUCCCUUUUCAGUUCAGGUGGACAUGUAUGGGAUUGUUGGAUGAACUGAUAUAAUUAUAAAUUUUUGUGUACUUGUCCUGUA